AUGAGUCCACUUAUUGAUCAACGCUAUCAAUGUGUCACUUGUGAAAACUAUGACCUCUGUUCCGCUCACAAAAGAAAAGAACUUGAACGUCCACUCGAACUAUGUCCACAACCAAAUAAAGAUAAAGAAUUUCAAUUACAUCGAGAUCAUUUUCAAUCAAUACGUAAACAAUUAACUGAUAGUGAAAUUCAAACUGUUGGCAAUGAAUUAAAAAUAGCAUUUAAUAAAUUAGAAGAUACAUCAAGUAUCAUUCAACAAAUACCUACACUUCUUUACAUAUGA